AUGACGAGCUGCCUCAUUUGCGGACUCAAAAACCACGAGUUUGUCAACUCAGAAAGCCAUUCAUGGUGGGAGCACGAGCUGGCUUCCAGAUCCACCUGGUGGUCGGACAUCCGGCUUCUCUGUGACCCCGACGACGAACUCGGGAGCCUUGCUCCAUCCUUGAAAUACAACAACAUCUUUGAGCCUUGCACCUCCACGUAUGCCGAGGCUCGAGUCCAUGAUGAGUUUCGGCCACGGUCUCAGGCUGCAAACAUCGAGGUACAUCAAGGCGUGUUCCAUGCCGUCUCCCACUACAAGUUGCUGCUGUCUGAUGGUACCAAGCGGGAUAUUUUGUACCGCCCUGGAGACUUGCGAUUUCGUACGUUCGAUGGCCGGAUCUACCUUCCAAUCCAUGAGGUCUGUCUGGACAUUGCCCGAAAAGUCUUCGAGGCCUCGCCUCGCGACGCAUACAUCAGGGACCUGAGAGCCCUGUUUCUAGCCCUGGGGUGGAGACUGAGCAUGAAGCUCAAGUGUGAAGGGCCAGCAAGUAGAGAGUUCCCCCCGAAUUACAUGAUCGGGAAGGCAAAUUUCCAUAUCAACUGGGAAGAGUGGAGGUCUCAGGUCCGGAUGAGGGAGUUCAAUCCCACCCACGCAUGGCCAGAGCUGCGAAGCGCGAUUGUCGACUCCUUGCCUUGCCGAGACCUUCCCCGUGUCACCACCGGCCUGCUUCCCCAAUCAUUCUGGUUGAAGUUACUGCGACCCGACGCACUGCCUUGGCUCUGGGAACUCUCGCCCGAAGUGUUUCUCCAAAAAGCAGAAGAAGCCUGCCCUGGAGGUCGGGAUUUUGAGUGGAACUGGGAGCUUCUUUUCCGCCAACUAACCCGGGGAGUAGACUUCGGUGUGCUCUCCGACGUGCCCAACGGCACUUCAUUGAGUAGUGGUUUCAGACCAGACGAGAGAACAGGGGCUUGUGGCCCCGAAACUCUCUGGGGAACCACGGGGUACUAUGAUGAUUUAGAAUAUGUCCCUCCGGGGUUGUUCAAUCGCAGACGGAUAUGGCAGCUUGUAGAGGAGAUGUUUGUUGGAGACAUGCUGCCGAGGGCGUUCGGGGGAGAUCCUAUGGCUCUUGGUUUCCAAAAGUCAGGUCCGCGAUUCGUUUUCCCAGAGUACAUCCAGAUUCCGUGGGGGAAAUCUGGCCAGCUGCUGCGAGAGCCAAAAUGGCUGCCCUCGUUCGAACUAAGACCUUACGUGCGGAAGCUGAAUGGCGACGUUAUUGGCAAGAUCCUGGAGGAUAUUGGAGGGUGCACCUCCCAUUCUUCGGGAAGCUGUUGA